AUGCCAUUCCGCCUUGGCUCACGGGUAAGCCUCUAGGUCUAUACUGCACGAUCAAUUGCUUCACCCCCUGCUCCAGGUGGGGAGAAAAAGCUGACGCAGUUGUCAAUAGCGCACCGCCAUCAUCACACUCACUACUAUGGGAGCGAUGGCUAGUACUAUUACACCUGUGUUUGCCGAUGAGGGACGGGUAGGCUUCUUGGCCAGUGCAGGUUACAGCUUGGCAAACAACAAUGGACUAAUUGAUCCACAGCAGGGUAAGAAAUCAAUCUACGAUACCCCCUCAAGAUACUCCCGCAGCGCUCCCGUGUCCGCCGACACAAAAUCCCCAAGCUUGAUCACCGCAACUCCGACCACCGCCUCGGACCCCACCGACGAGAAAGUCACCCCAACUCCAACUGACCGCCUGGCCGCUGAGAUCCGCAAAGCCCGGCUCUUCCUGCACGCGCACACCGUCUUCCUACAAAAGCACAUCGACCUCGCCUUCUCCAGCUACCUCUCCUACGAGCACAGCAUAACCACGACCAUAAGCUCCCUUGCACCCCCCAAGUCCUCAGAAGAAAAGGUAGUCCCGGGCGUCCUGUACGUUGCCGUCUCGACCAUGGCCGGCUCCAUCAUUGCGCGGAACCGCAUGUUUCCCAUUCGUGCGCUGACACCAGUGCUUAUUGGGAUCGGUGCGGGACGGUACUUCCUCCCGGAGACCACGCGGAACGUGGGGAAUUUGGUGUGGGAAUGGGAGAAGAUGGUCCCUAGGGUGGCGGAGAGGCACUUACUUGUCCAACAUGGGAUUGAGGAGGCUGUUCGGGCGAGCGGGAAAGCGGUUAGGGAUGGGAGGAAGGUUGUGGAUGAGAAUGUAUCCCGCGGGAGGAGUAUCGUGGAAGGGUGGGUUAAGAAAGGUUGA